AUGAAGCUGAUUAUUUGGGCCUGCAUCUUGUGUGUUGCUUUUGGAAAGAAGAGACAUUAUCCCUUUGGUCAUGAGAAAUCGUCUUCAUCCAGUCAAAAGGAUUUCACUGGCUUUCACUACCCACUUAAUCCAUCUCUGAAUAUUCCUUAUGGCUUAUGGAAUGAAAAUUUUCCUCCUGUUUACCAUCCCCCAGGGAAAACCAUGACCAAUUAUCCUUGGAAUUCUGAGGGUGAAGCAACUCCAUAUCCCUGGGUUCUCUCUUCCAAAGACGCUGCUGCAAACCAAGACACUAAUAAUGUUCAUUCAGAUACUGCACCAACAGUUCCUGAAGCCCUGGCCGCGGGUGCACCUCUAGUAGCCGCUGCCGCUUCAGCCCCUGGAGCUCCAGGAAUCCCUCCAAUUCCAGGUUCCCCUCUAGCUCCAGGAGCCAUUCCACCCCCUCCACCCCCUCCAGCCCCGCCGGCCUCCCCUGCAGCCCUUCCAGCCCCAGAAGCCCCUCUCCCCGCACCAGCAGGAGGCUCUGGAGGUCCUGUUGCCCCUCCAUCCUCAGGAGGUCCUGGAACCCUUAUUGUCCCUGUUGCUGUCCCCGCAGCCCCUGCAGUUCCUGCUCCUUUUCCUCCUCUUCCUCCUGCUCCUGCUAGAAUGUACCCCUACAUGGCAUAUUCAAAUAUAGUCACAGCACCUUCUGCCCAGUCUGUUGGAGCUCCAGCUGUCCCUGCCCCUGCUGCUCUUGCAGCGCCAGAGUCUUCUGCCGUGAAGCCUGGGGAGUUCCAGGCUUCUGUAGCUGAACCUAUUGCACACCAGCCUUCUGGGGGCAAACCUGCUUCAGACCAGGCUGCUGGAGGCAAAUCUGCUUCAGGCUCGCUGUCUUUAGGACAGACUGUACUAGGCAACGUUGGUGCAAGCAAAGCGGAAGCCGCCAAACCUAUUGCAAUAUCGUUUUUAUCAACCAAACCUGAAGAUGAGCCUAAUGAAGCCAACCUUGCAUCUGAACCUAUUCCUCUCAUACCCGAGCCACCUUCUCUUGGACAGAUUAGGAAACUGAGUGGAAGAGAAUACAUAUGCUUUGCCAAUGAUUACAUAGCUAGAAAGUGUCAGAUGGCAGAUGAGAAAGCAUAUCAAGAAAAUGAGGAAAAGAAAGCAAGCCAACCUAAAGUUUGGCAUGUUGAUUGUUUGGUUGCUGCAACACAUUAUCACAAAGUUGGUGGCUAA